AUGAGUCUGAUAAAGAGAUUGCUCUGUACUGUCGGCCUCGCUGUCAACGUGGCCAAUGUUGCCGCCGCAGAUAUGAAUGACUUUAUUUCCAGUCAAAGAACCAUUGCGCUUAAUGGCGUUUUGAGCAACAUUGGAGCCGACGGCGCUUCGGUUGCAGGCGCCAGCGCUGGCAUCGUCGUUGCCAGCCCGUCCAAGGCCGACCCCGACUACUUCUACACGUGGACUCGUGAUGCCGCCUUGACAAUGAAGAUGAUUGUCGACCAGUUCAUUCUUGGGCACGACGAGCUCCAUGUUCACAUCGAGGACUACUACAAAUCCCAGGCCGUCCUACAGACCGUCAGCAACCCUUCCGGGUCAUUUCUCCCAUCCGGUCGUGGCCUCGGCGAGCCCAAGUAUCUGGUCGAUGGCUCGCGCUUCAACAAUGAAUGGGGUCGCCCGCAGAGAGACGGUCCGUCGCUGAGGGCCAUCGCGCUCAUCACUUACUCCCGCUGGCUCGUUGACAAUGGACAACAGGCCAAGGCCAAGGAUAUCAUUUGGCCAAUUAUCUCGAAUGAUCUAUCCUAUACCGGCCAGUACUGGAACUCAACCGGCUUUGACCUGUGGGAGGAGGUCAAUGGUUCCAGCUUCUUCACCACCCAGAGCCAAUAUCGCGCUCUCGUCGAGGGUGCUGCACUGGCGGAGUCGCUCGGCGUCAAGUGCACGGGAUGCGAGCUGGCCCCGGACGUCUUGUGCUUUCUCCAGACUUACUGGAACGACGAGGACGGGUACUACGUUGCCAACGUCAACACCAAGACGCAGCGCUCCGGCAAGGACGCCAACGUCAUGCUCGGCUCGAUUGCCAUCUUUGACAUCACGGCUACCUGCGAGGAUCCGUCCAUCCAACCGUGCCACAGCAAGUCUUUGAGCAACUUCAAGGUUUGGGUUGACUCUUUCCGCAACGCCAAGCUCUACCCCAUCAACGAGGGAAUCGCCCAAGGCAAGGGUGUUGCUCUUGGCCGCUAUAUCGAGGACAUCUACUUUGACGGCAACCCUUGGCAAGAUUUUCGCGCUUCCGGACUGUAUCUCAUCACCCUCGGCGCCGCCGAGUUCCUCUACGAUGCCGUUGCACAGUGGAACGCCCAUGGCCAGAUCAAGAUCGACGCGACGUCCCUCCCUUUCUUUAAGGAACUGUACCCAACCGCCAAGGAGACAAUCUACCAAAAGAACAGCAACACAUCUACGGAUUACGCCAGCGUCAUUAAGGCCGUCAACGCCUACGCCGACUCCUUUGUCGAAGUCGCGCAAAAGUACACGCCCGCCAACGGCUCCCUCGCCGAGCAGUUCAACAAGAACGACGGAUCCCCGACCUCGGCUCGCGACCUCACCUGGUCCUAUGUCGCCUUCAUCACCAUGGCCGAGCGCCGCGCCGGCCAGUUACCCCCUAGCUGGGUGCCCGCCUCGUCCAAGGUCCCGUCCACCUGCGCCGCCUCGUCGAUGACGGGCGCCUACGUCCCCGCCAUCGCCGCGGGAGCGCCCAACGUCACAGGUUCCUGCACCGUGCCUGUGACGUUCCUCGUCAAUGCCACGACGUACUAUGGAGAAGGCAUCUCUCUCCUCGGCAACAUUGCCGAGCUCGGCUCCUGGAACGUCGACAACGGACAGCCCCUGUCGGCUUCCGAAUACACCGCCGAGCGCCCGCUUUGGAGCGUCGACGUCGAGCUUCCCGGUGGCUCGAACAUCAGCUACGUCUACGUACGGCGCCAGAGCUGCGGCUACAUCUACGAGGAGAGGAACCGCACGCUCACGAUGCCCGCCUGUAAUUCUACGGAGAAGUUGGUCACGAACGAUGCGUGGGUCGGACGAACCAGUGGUUGCUGA